AUGGCAAUAAAACUUACUUGGAUAAACAAUUGCGUCGGUGAAGACAACCAGUGGAUAUUCCUCCUACUUGUGUUUUAUGCAUUACUGCUCAGUCUCUACACACUGGUCUUAGAUACUCUACAUUUCUACUACUUCCCAACGUGCAUGUCUUGUGAUUCACUAUCUUUCUUAUUUCGUCACCAAAGAUAUCUGAUGUACCUGUCAUGCAUACUCGGCGUCACUCUAACAUCUCUGGCAGGGAGCCAAGUUCUACAGCAAACAAUAAAUAUCCUUUCGAACCGAUCUACGGUGGAAUCCAUCAUACACGCACAUAAACCCAUGCAUGAGAGACCAACUGUCAUGACUAGAUCGGCCUAUGAUAGUUUCCGGGAUGUCUGCGGACCAGGGAGGGUGCUCUGGUGGUUCAACCCAUUCCGACGUCAUACUGGAAAACCAAACGUCUAUUACUACCAACAAACUGUUUGAGUACUGGGCACAGUUUCAUAGAGCUGCUUAAAGCACAACAAGUAGCUAAGCAUAACAAAAUUAUGCUUACCAGAAUAAGGUAACCAGCAAAAAUACCAUGUCAGAACUACAUUGUGUGACUGGCAUCCUGCUCAUCAGUGCUUAGUAGAAAUUUAUUCAAGGCAGUGUAACUACUCAAAAUAAUUAUUAUCAUAAAACCUUUCUUGAUUCUGAGUAAUGGGAAGGGGUUGAUGGUA